CUGGAUACAGUAGAGAGAGGGAGUGUGUGUCGAAAGAAGAGCACAAAAAGAAGAAAGGAAUGUCCAUUUCUAGAGAGAGAGAGAGCAGACAACUCUGAUUUCUAGAGAGAGAAGGUAGAGGAAGAGAGGGAGAGAGGGGGAGAGGGAGAGAGAGAGAUGGGGGGUGUGACUUCAUCCAUGGCUGCCAAGUUGGCUUUCUUCCCACCAAACCCUCCAUCCUACAAGCUAAUUACGGACGAUGCCACCGGCCUCUUGCUCUUCAACCACUUCCCCCACCGCGAAAACGUCGACAUUUUGAAGCUUCCGACGCGCCGCGGCACCGAGAUCGUGGCCCUCUAUGUGCGGUACCCCAUGGCCACCUCUACGCUGCUCUAUUCCCAUGGGAAUGCGGCAGAUAUCGGCCAGAUGUACGAGCUCUUCAUCGAGUUGAGCAUUCACUUGCGGGUUAAUCUCAUGGGGUAUGAUUAUUCUGGCUAUGGGCAGUCUUCAGGAAAGCCAAGUGAGCAUAAUACUUAUGCAGAUAUUGAAGCUGCAUAUAAAUGUCUGGAAGAAAGCUUUGGUGCGAAGCAGGAAGACAUCAUCCUUUAUGGUCAGUCUGUUGGAAGUGGGCCUACUUUGGAUCUUGCAGCUCGUUUGCCUCGACUAAGAGCUGUUGUUUUGCAUAGUCCAAUACUCUCAGGCUUACGAGUCAUGUAUCCUGUGAAACGUACAUAUUGGUUUGAUAUCUACAAGAAUGUUGACAAAAUCCCAUUGGUGCAGUGCCCUGUACUAGUGAUUCAUGGCACAGCUGAUGAAGUUGUUGACUGCUCUCAUGGCAAGCAGCUUUGGGAACUCUGCAAAGAGAAGUAUGAACCCUUAUGGUUAAAAGGGGGGAAUCAUUGUGAUCUGGAGCUGUAUCCAGAAUACAUUAAACAUCUCAAGAAGUUCAUAUCCACAGUGGAAAAAUCACCUUCCCGGAGGAGCAGUGCAAGGAGAAGUGUAGACCGGCCAGAAUAUUCCAGGAAGAGUACUGAUUGUUAUGAGGCUCCAAGGAAGAGCACAGAUCAGGCUCCAAGGAAGAGCACGGAUCAGGCUCCAAGGAAGAGCACUGAUAGGAGAGACAAACCAAGGCGGAGCACUGACAGGCCUGAAAAACUGAAACUCUAUGACUACAAGUCUAAUGAUGUUGACAAGCUUGAGAAGUUAAGAACCUCUCUUGAUCAGGUAGAGAGAUCUCGGAGAAGCGUGGAAUACAAUGAUAAGUCUCGGAGAAGCAUCAACCAACAGUUGGAAAGAGCACGGAAGAGUGUGGAUUGGUUGGACAGAAUACGUGCCGGAUAAAGAGCAUUGAGUUUAUUCUGUGGGAGGGGAAAUUAAAAAAAGAAAAAACAGAAUGAAGAAAGAAGAAAUUACAUGGCUUUUUUUUUUUUUGUUUGUUUGUUUAACUUAUGGUUUCAGGUUUGUGUGUAUUUUUGCUCUGGCUGGUUCCAGAAUGACUGUCAUGGAAUGCAGAGUUUGAUAUAAACGGAUUCAUUAUCCAUAUGAUUGUAGUUCAAUGGAAUUGCCCUAACCUCUGUCUUUCAUUGUAACCCUUUUAGAAGUAGUGUCAUUCUUCGGGUUCAGGGAUGUUUUUGUA